CACCUCAGCAGCCGCCUUCAACUGUGCACUCGCUCUCUACAGGUUUCCGCCGAAGCGGCUCUGGAUUUCCCGGCUCCUUGAGAAUUCUCUGCUUUCUGGACGAAAAGGAAGAAACGUUGGAGAAACGGUGGAAGAGGAGCACCGGGGAGGUGGCCGAGAGGAGGAUCUCGUCGUGACCCUGCCGUCCAUCAGGUUCCGUCGAUGAUGGGAUCCAAGUCAACUGCGGAGGAAGCGAGGGAACUAUAGAUUCCAGUCCAAUAGAGGAAAAACAAGUGUCGCGUUUGCUGGAAUUGAUCAGGUGCACCUUUGCCCGCCUCUGAGGAGCUCUGACAUGGAUGCCAAGUGUGCUUCUGCUCAGCUCGGCGUGGGUGUACGCCGGACAUUGCAUCAGGGCUGAAGCCCCGCCUCCCUCCCUCCCAUGAGCCCGUGUGCCCAGACACGCACACCCGGCGCCGCCACGCCACGCACGCACGCGCACCCGGCGCCCACACACGUAACCCAACCCGGUCGGAACCUGGAGGAUGUCAACGGAGACGGAGCUCCAGCCGGCGGUCCGUCCCGGCACCCUCAGGCGGGACUCCAGGAGGAAAGGGCAGGAUCGCAGCGAAGCGACGCUCAUCAGGCGCUUUAAGAGCGACGGCGUCCGCUACAAGGCGAAACUCAUCGGCCUGGACGAGGUCACAGCGGCUCGCGGGGACAAACUCUGUCAGGACUCCAUGAUGAAGCUCAAGGGUAUCGCGGCAGCGGCACGCUCCAAAGGAGAACACAAGCAGAAGGUGUUCCUCACAGUUUCCUUUGGAGGGAUCAAGAUCUUUGAUGAGAAGUCAGGGGUGCUGCAACACCAGCACGCCGUCCACGAGAUCUCCUACAUCGCCAAGGACAUCACGGACCACCGAGCGUUCGGCUACAUCUGCGGCAAGGAAGGCAACCACCGCUUUGUGGCCAUCAAGACCUCUCAGUCGGCGGAACCAGUGAUCCUGGACCUGCGAGACUUGUUCCAGCUCAUCUACGAGAUCAAGCAGCGUGAGGAGAUGGAGAAGAAGGCCCAGAAGGACAAACAGUGUGAGCAGGCCGUCUACCAGACGAUUUUGGAGGAAGAUCUGGAGGACCCGGUCUAUCAGUACAUUGUGUUUGAGGCCGGACACGAGCCCAUCCGCGACCAAUCAGACGAGAGCAUUUAUCAGGUUCCCACCAGCCAGCAGAAGGAAGGGGUCUAUGACGUCCCAAAGCGACACCCAAACGGACAUCAAAGCAUCCGCCAUCAUCAUCACCAUCCUCAUAAUCAUUCGCAACCCCCCCAGGCGGGACUAAGUGAGGAGCAGCAUCAGCAGGUGGAUCUCAUAGACUUAAACCUGGAGACGGUUUCUCAGAAUAUCAACCAAUUAGAGCUUUUCGGAGACAUGUCCACACCCCCUGACAUAACCUCGCCGUCGACCCCCGCCUCACCUGCAAACUCCCUGGACCCGUCGCUGGGCCUGCAGCCACCCACUGAGCUCUUUGCUCCUUUCAACCCUUCGUCUGUGCCCUCAGGUUACGUGACAAUGGGAGCGGUUCCCUCCGCAGCCUGGUCCCAGCAGGCGUUCGCCGCCCAGACGCCGCUGGCCUUCGGGGUCCAGUCCCCUCUGGGCCCGAUGGCGCAAGUUCUGCCGGGCGGCCAGCCUCUCAUCUGGGGGCAGGCCAAUAUCUUCCCCGCCACCCAGCAGCAGUGGGCAGCCAUGGCGGCCGGAGCCUUCCCCCCCGCAGCCUACCUCCCUACGCAGCCCGUGGGCGCGCUGCCGGCCGCCGCCGUGUUCCAGGCGCUCACCCCCGUCCCCGCCGUGACGCCGGGCGGCGAAACGCAUUCAGGUGCAGGCGCCGCGGCUCCAUCCGCGUCGUCGAGUCCGCAACGUGAGGAGCGGGCGAAGAAGAUGAGCAAAGAGAUGUUCAAGGACUUUGAGCUGGCAAAGCCGCCGGCGAUGCCGUCCAAGAAGCACCAUAGCUUAGCGGGCACCUCAGAGGCAUUCAGCACUUACUUCAGCCGCGUCGGCACCGCCCAGGACACGGACGACUGCGACGACUUUGACAUCUCCCAAAUGAACCUGACACCGGUCACCUCCACGACGCCCUCCACCAACUCCCCCCCCACACCGGCCCCCCACCAGUGCUCGCCCUCCAAAUCGUCCGCCUCGCACGUCAGCGACCCCCCGACGGACGCCACCGACCCGCCCACCGACGACUCGUUUGGGGAGGCGGAGGGCAGCCCGAGCCGCAGCGGCGAGGAAGAUGCUGCUUGUGCUUCUGGGUCACCCUGCCCUAGUGAGCCAACAGGGCCCAGCCUAGACCAGACCAGUCCAGAGGCUGGGAGCUAGAUAGCAGCAGGGCGCGAAGAAGAAGGACCCUCUGUACGCCCGCAUCAACAAAGGGAAGAAAUAGAGAAAUAUGGGAACAGCAAGGCGGUUUGGACCGGCACUGAGAAAACUGGAGGAGGGAGACCCCCCACCCCACCCCAACCAUCUCCCCACACUUGCUUAUGUGUGUGUGAGGAUGAGUGUGUGAUCUUCCUGCCUCCUCUUUGCUCACUGACUCCAGGCAGGCCAGGUAUCCCCACAGGUGGACUUCCCCCCCCCCCCCUCUCCCUCGCCUCCUGCUCUCCUCCAUCUUUGCUGUCCGUGUAGACUGUCGCGGAGGCCUUGACCCGGUUGCAGAAACAAACUCUGGGAGCUACUCACUCGCCAGCCAUACACACACGCACACAUGCAUUUGACUGGCCCAACCAGUCUCUUGGCAAACUGCUUUAAGAGGACCAGAACAAUGUGGAAGGGAAGCCGACUUCAUUCUCAAUAGCUUUUUUGUACAAUAAGAAUUCAAUUCAAAAUUGAGCCGCAAUGUCGGGUUCAGCUCUGUAGGAGGCGCUGUAGAGUGGCGUUAAAGGUAUCCAGAUUAUGGGGGGGGGGUUGCCAGUGUGUAAAUAAACAUGACCCACCGUCUCCACCAUGUCAGACCUCUGUGCCAUCAAAUAGGGAGGCUUCGAGUUAUGCAAAUGUUUGAACCCAAGCAAUAGCCACAUGCGUUUCCCCAACAUUUAGUCUGAUCCACACGACAGUCAGCCUCUCGUUUUAUUUUUAUUUUUUUAUUCUUACAGCCCCACCUUGCUUUUCCCCCUGCCCACUUUUGGGAAACAAUGCGAAUUUAACUUACAUGUAUGUAUAUAUACAUAUAUAUAGAUAAAUGUAUAAAUACAUAUAUGGAAUUAGCCAACAAUGCAAAAUUUCCUAGCUUUAUAGUUUAGCCCUUUGUGUCUUUGAUCGUUGGUCAGAAAAAAAAAAGUCCAUGUGAUUAAGUUUCAUUUUAAUGUGGCAAAACAUACAUUGGGAAGCAACCACUGCUUAUCCAUCGUUCGUAUUUCGAGGUUGCGCCGUAUUCCGGCCUGUGUGACCGUCUUCAUCCGGCGACUCCCUGUUUCAUGGCCAGAGUCGACGAUGAUGAUGAUGACAUGUUGUUCUAGAGAGCGAGCAAAAACAUACACAAAAAAGGGAACAGGAACAUUUCUAGAUUUUACCUCAACUAACAGUUUCUUAAUGUAAAUUGAUAUUAUUUUUAUCUUACCAAUAUAUGACAUUCUACAGCGGGGGGUUCGAUCAUUUUUUUUCUCCUGUUUUUUUUAGGUUUGGAUUCACUUUUAAUUUCCAUAUAUCAACCAUGUAUUACUGUUCCAAAUAAACACAUCUCAACUA